AUGUUCCGGCGUCCGCUCCACCCCGGGGCCCAGGAGGCGCGCAAGGGGUUCCCCAGCGACGGCGACUUCCGACGGAGAGACCCGCCGCUGCCCAAGCUGACCUCGCCCGAGCUGCGAGCGGCCCGUCUCACGCGGAGCGCAGCGGGCUCCAGCGUCCCGGGGGCCGGCGCCGCGUGGUGGCAGGACUCGGACGCUGAGUCCCGGGGGUGCGUCGGGGGACCCCCGCCGCGCCUGCCCGCCCUGUUCCCGGAGCCCCCGCGGGCGGCGCAGAAGCGCGGCGUGCUGAGGUCCCUGCGGCUGCCGCCCCUGCUCUCGGCCAGCGCGCCCCGAGGAUCGGCUCCCCGGCGCCCAGGACCUGGAGAGUGCGAGCACCCCUGGAGGGGCGCGGCCACGGGGCGCCCCGGCUCCUUGGGCGCCCUCAUAGGAGAGUUCCUCCCUAGCAGGUUCCGGCAGUUCCUGCAACAGCUCCAGGACAAGUGCGCAGAGCCACCCGAGCCACUGACAUCCUCAGCACCCCGACAUCAAAGGGCUGUGCCAGAGCGCUGCCGAAGGUCUCAUCAGUGUCCCAACUGCUCUUUCCUCCCAGACCUGUGGUAAGGCCAGUCUUCCUACUUCCAAGAUAGUCUUAAGAAGAUUUUGCUCCAUCAGAUCCUACCCGGGCCUCUGAAGGGUGAUCACUCACCACUCACCAUUGCCAACUCACGGGUGAUGGGAGGGGAUGGGCCCCACGGUGCACAGGUCCCCAAGGUUAAGGCUGUGCUCACUCAAAGCCCCUCAGGGGAGGCCUCCGGGCCUCGCAGGCGGUGUUGCCCUUUCCGGGUUCGAUUCGCUGACGAGACCCUAUGGGACACGGCACUCCGCUACUGGGAGCGCAGCUGUGCAGUCCGGCAGAACGUCACUGAGAACCAGACGUGCACCCUUCCGGCGGUGUCCGAGCGGCUGUUCGGGAGUGUGGGGAGAUGGCUGGAGAGUUUGCCCAAAGCCCUGUACCCUGGGGCCAAGGAGGAGGCCCUGACCAGCUCCUCCAGCUGGCACUUCCCCAGCCUGCCCACCCAGGAGCCUCAGGGCCAAUCUUCUGAGGACACCUCCAUGAACAGCAGCCUGCCCUUCAUCCCUAGGGCCACCACCCAGAGGCGGCGGCAGGGCCUCCAAACCUUACUAGACACCCACAACAUCCUGGAGCAGGUGGGCAAAUCGCCCUGCUCCUUGGGUCCUAAGCUGGAGUCUUUCCUGCCCAGCCUGGUGCUGCAGUCAGUCCUGCGGCGAGGCCACCCCAAGGGGUACCAGCUCCUCCUGCCGACCACAACACUGCGGCGGGCUGAGAGAUGA